GUAUCCAAAUCAAAACAAAAAACCCUGAUACACAUAUAAAAACAGACCGCACGCACUGAUACAAAAAAACCCUCUUCCAAUUCUCCAGGUUCUUCCACAUCUAAUUCUUCCGCAUCUAUCUCCUCUAAUCUCCAAUCGACGGUUCUUUCUUGCACCUUAGCCACCUCUGCAGAUACUCCAUGUUCUAAGGUGAUUCUGAUGGAAACUUUUUUGAUCCUCUGGAAAGAUGAUCUGUCUGAUGAGGAUUCUGACAGUGGAGUUUUCCACAAUGUCAAUGAUGAUCAUUCAUUGUCGGGAAUGAUUUGAAUGAUACAUCUGAAGGUAACGUGAAUCCUAAUCAUAAUACAGAUCAACAAGGUAAUACCCCCCCUCCCCCUCACUCAAUGACUCUGAAAAUCUUCAUGAUGUUCAUGUUCAAAAUGAUAUGCAUAUGUCUGAUUCUUUAGAUGCUUCAUCAAAUGAAAAUUCUAAUGACUUUGUUGAACCAAACUUAGCUGAUUAUCAACUAAUAAGAGAUAGAGAACCUAGGACAAUUAUUCCUAAUAGAAGAUAUAUGUCAAACCUUGGUGAGUUUGUGUUGCUAGCUUCGGAAGUAGUUAAAAACUAUGUUCCUGAUACCUUUGAACAAGCUGUUAAAAGUUCUAAGUCAAAUGAUUGGUUUAAGACAAUGAACGAAGAAAUGCAGUCCAUGUUUGCAAAUCAAACAUGGUCUCUGGUCUCUAAACCUAAGGGUGUUAAAGUCGUAGAUUGUAGAUGGAUUUAUAGGAUGAAAGAUAGUCUUGAUCCCACUGAACUACCUAAGUUUAAGGUUAGGCUAGUUGCAAAAGGUUUUAAACAAAAACAAGGGAUUGAUUACCAAGAUAUUUUUGCUCUUGUAGUUAAAUUCAAAACUUUAAGACUUUUACUUGCCAUGACCACUGUUUUUGACUGGGAACUUGAACAAAUGGAUGUAAAAAUUGCCUUUUUACAUGGAGACAUUAAUGAAACCAUUUAUAUUUCUCAACCACCUGGUUUUAUUUGCAAAAAUAAACCUGAUCAUGUCUGCUUGCUUAAGAAAUCAAUUUAUGGAUUAAAACAGUCUCCAAGACAGUGGAACUUGAAAUUUAAUGCCUGCAUGUGUGAAUUGGGAUUUCUUAGAAGCAAAUAUGAUACUUGUCUGUACUUUAAGCAUGUGGGUACUGAAAAUGCAUUGUAUGUUCUGCUUUAUGUUGAUUAGGGGUGGGAAAAACCGACCCGAAACCCGAAAAUCGACCCAGGCUCGGACCGAAAAAUGUUACCGGGCCGGGUUUUUUUAUUUUUGACGGGCCGGUUAAAAAAAACCCGGACCGAACCUGAAAUUCCGGGCCCUAAAAAUUACAACCUGGCCCGGACCGGCCAAAAUCCGACCCGAAUAUUUCAUUAUAAUUUAUUAUAAAAAAUUAAGAUAUUCUAUGGAAACAAGUCCAAAUACUCACUUGGGGUCUUCUAAUUUGCUUUGUUUCUGAAUCCAUCUUAAAGAGAAACAUCAUUUUGUCAGAACUUUGUUCUCUUUAGUUUGAAUUUUUGCUGUUGGGAUUUUGCUAGUAUUUAUGUUUGGCUCUUCAUGAGUGUUUUGGAUCAAUACUUUUUUGUGCUUGAAAUAUCGUUGCUUUAUAGCCUUUGAAUUAUUGAUUAAAUAGUUUUGCUUUGACUAUAAUAGAAAGUGAGAAUGUUGAAUCGUUUUGAUUGAUUAUCGAACAUUUUUUUGAAUACUUUUUUUAAUAAAAAAAUGAUAUUUUUUUAUUGGGCUUUAACCGACCCUACCCGAACCCGGACCGAACUCGAGCCUCAAAAAACCCGGCUCGGACCAAAUAUGUCGGGCUUUUUUCCGGUCCCAUUUCUUCAUAACCCGAGAAGUUUCGCAUAAUUUCCGGGUAGAGCAAAAACCCGACCCAGCCCGGACCGAUCCCACCCCUAAUGUUGAUGAUAUCCUUCUUAUUGGUUCUUGUAAAAAUGCUGAUUGUAAGUGUGAAAAAUGAUCUUAAAUUGCAUUUUCAUAUGAAGGAUAUUGGCACUACUAAAAGAAUUUUAGGAAUUGACAUAUUAAGGAACAUAUCUUAAAGAAGCAUGUUCUUAUCUCAAUGUGAUUAUCUUUCUAAGAUAUUAGAUAAGUUUAAUAUGUCUAAUUCAAAAAUGACACCUAUUCCUUUAGGAGGGCAUUUAGAAUUACAUAAAGAUCCUUAUCCUAUAUCUUUGGAAGAAUCUCAGAAAAUGAAAAAUAUGAUUUAUGAUGUUGCUUCUGGAUCACUGAUGUAUGCUAUGCUUUGUACUAGACCUGACUUGGCUUUUACUGUAAGUGUUCUUAGCAGGUUUAUGUCUGACCUUAGGGAAAACAUUGGACUGCUAUGAAAUAUACUUUGAGAUACCUUUCUGGGACUAGAAAUUUAGGACUAAAGUACAGUUCCGACAAAUCUUUAGACCUUAGAGGUUUUGUAGAUGCUGACUAUGCACGGUGUAAAGACUCGAGGAAGUCUACUACUUCCUGGUUCUUUACAUGGGCUGGAAAUUGUAUUUCCUGGAAGUUCCAAUUGCAAUCUGUUGUACCCCUGUCAUCCAGAGAGGCUGAAUACAUUGCAGCCACUGAAGCUAUUAAAGAAGCCAAAUGGCUUAAGGGUGUUCUGAGUGAAGUCUUAGGAAAAAAUGUAACCCCUGUUGUUUUUUCUGAUAGUCAGAGUGCCAUCUAUCUUUGUAAACAUCCCAUGUAUCAUGAAAAAACUAAACACAUAGAUGUUAGAUUUCAUUAUAUAAGGGAUGAAAUUCCUAAGGGAAAUGUUUCUAUUGAAAAGAUAACUGGAGAUGUUGAUCCUGCUGAUUUUGGUACUAAAAUUGUCCAAACUGAUAAGUUCUUGUUUUGUAGGAAAUUAUUCAAGAUCUUUGAGGUACCUUGAACUAUAGGUCCCUGAAUUGGGUUAAUGAUGAAUGGUGUGAGACCUGGUUCCAUAUUCCAACAAGCUAGCUAUGAUGAUACCCAAUGACUAAGAUGACGUGAGAAUGAGUCUUAGGAUGGCAAAGCAAUCAAUUUUUGUAUUAUGCUGUUGGGUUGGGCCUAGAGCUGUUAUGUUCUCUCCCUUUUAAUCUGUCUUGGGCUAUUUUGUUUAGUUGGGCCUCUUGGUAAAUGGAAGGACCGGUUUUAUACUAUGUGGACCCUAAGUAUAUAAACCACUUCCGUCUCCAGAGUCUUCGACUGAUUCAUUCCGAGCUAUUUUCGUUAAAACCCUAGAUAUAGAGAGAGAGGUUGUUCUAGAGUGAGAAAGUGUUUUUUCCGCUGCUGGUUUUCUGCGCGAGAGCCUGAGCUUAGCAAGGACGGUAAUAGAAAGAGGAGAUUGCUUGAAAUCUGAGGAAUAGGAGGAGAGUUUGAUAUGUGGCCCAGAACUGGGAGCCCGACAGUCAUCUUCCGAAGCCUUAGGGUUUCGUUCGGUUAUCUCUGAACCUUUUUCUGUUAUUUGUUUCUUAAAUUGAUAUUCCUGACCGAUUGUAUGUACUGUAUAUUGAUUGCUUUGCAACCAUCUUGAUUGUAAUCUGUUUGAAUUCUGAGCUAGUGGAAUAUUUGGGACCAGGUUUCCCCUGUUGAAACCCCGCAGAUUAGGAUGGUUUUCUUCCGAACUGCG